UUUUCUAGUAGUUUUUCAUUUCAUAUAUAUAUAUAAUUUUUUUUCUCUCGCGCAACUAUGGACCCGAACCCCAAUGAGCAGAACAACGAUGAUUUCUUUUCGUCGCUGCCGCAAAGCCUUCAAGGACUUGUGGGCGUGGGCAUAACAAACGAAACAGUUGAAAGCUUAAUUAAUACACUGCGUGCCGAGAUCGCUAAGGCAGCUGAAGCAGCCGGUGUGGCUUUGCCUGCGUAUUCGGAUGCGAAUGCGGAUGAGGAUACGGAUACGGAUACGGACACGGACGCGGAUAUGAAUCCGGACAUGGAUAUUGAUAGUGAGGACGAACCGACAACGUCAAGUGAUACCUUUUAUUUAUCAAACUCGAGCGCUGAAAGUAUUGCCAGCCAUAUGGAAGUCGAUGAGAGCAGCCAGUCCGAGAGCGAGUCAAGCGACCGCAACUGACUCAACUCUUGCAGGCCAAACUAAAUUUUGCAUUGCUUUGCGGCUACAAGCUGCCACUGCCCACAAAAACAAAACAAGAAAAAAAGAAAAACACAAACCAACAAUUGCAUUUCAUGGAUUUCGGAAACUCACACACACAUCAGCUGACUGACUGUCUCUCUCUGUGUGUGUGUGUGUGUGUGUGUGUGAUAAGCAAGUCCUGCUGGAAAUGUAAUAUUCUAGUGGCAAUGCGGCCCCCAGGGUAGCUCCUGCUGUCGUCCUGAGCGAUUAAAUUGUAGCCCAGGCAAAAAUGUUUAUUUUUAAAUUCAAGCACGUAGCAGCAGCAGCUUAUUGCUGUUGCUGCCGAAUAAAUAACUUAUUUGAACAUUCAGACAUAAAAUACAUUUCGCUAAUUUUUAUGUACACUCAACCACUUGCAAAUUAAAAGUCUAAACAU